AUGACUUCCACCGACACUUACUUGGCCAUCCCGGGCGCAGUUGCCUACUCCCGCUCGCGUGGCCAAGCUCUUGCUGCCAGCAUCGGUGUUCAGGAUGUCCGAGCCCAGUGGAUUCACUAUGUGCACACCACUCAACCCUUGGACAAGCCUCAACAGGCCGUGCUUGAACAGUUGCUCCAGUACGGCGAUAUCACCGACAUCCCUCCUACCUUCGAUGCCGCCGACGGUCAAUUCGAUACCUUUUACGUUUACCCACGAACCGGCACGGUCUCACCAUGGAGCUCACAGGCGACGGGCAUCUCGCACGUUUGUGGUAUGCAGAAGUACGUCAAGCGGAUUGAACGGGGUAUGAAGAUUUCGUGCCUUCGUAAGAGCGGGGACGACUACAAGCCGGAGUACAUGGAUAUCCUUCAUGAUCGGAUGACUCAAAUCAUCGGCAGGGAUGAGCCCGAGUUGAACUUGAUGUUCUCUGAGCAUGAACCUCAACCCCUCAAGACCAUCCCUCUCCACGGAGGAACUAAGUCUCCUAGAGAGGUUCUCGAGGAGGCAAACAAGGAGCUGGGUUUGGCCCUCGAUGAUUCUGAAAUUGAAUAUCUGGCCGAGGCCUACGGUCCGAAUGGUGCGAUUGCCCGUGACCCGACUGAUGUUGAACUUUUCAUGUUCGCUCAGGUCAACUCGGAGCACUGCCGACACAAGCAGUUCAAUGCUUCAUGGGUGAUUGACGGCAAGCCCAUGCCAAACAGUCUGUUUGCCAUGAUUCGUAACACACACAAGAAGCACCCCGAACACACUGUCAGUGCCUACAGUGACAAUGCUGCCGUUUUGGAGGGUCCCGAGGCCACAUUCUGGGCUCCCGAUCCAACCACUGGACAAUGGAUGCACACCAAGGAAGUUGUGCACUUCCUGGCCAAGGUUGAGACCCACAACCACCCCACUGCAGUUUCACCUUACCCCGGUGCGGCUACGGGCUCCGGCGGAGAGAUCCGUGAUGAGGGCGCUGUCGGUCGUGGCUCGCGCCCCAAGGCCGGUCUCGCCGGCUACUGUGUGUCAGACCUGUUGAUCCCUGGUCUGAAGCAACCAUGGGAACUCGAGGUUGGCAAGCCUAACCACAUUGCCAGCAGUUUGGACAUCAUGUUGGAGGCACCCAUCGGUAGCGCUGCUUUCAACAACGAGUUCGGCCGUCCUUGCAUUGGUGGAUACUUCCGCACUCUGCUCACCGAGAUUGAAGUGGGCAAUGGUGAGAAGGAAGUCCGAGGAUACCACAAGCCCAUCAUGAUUGCCGGUGGUGUCGGAACUGUCCGCCCCCAGCACGCCAUCAAGCACCCAGACGUUGUCAAGCCUGGUGCUUUCCUCGUGGUUCUUGGUGGUCCUGCCAUGCUUAUUGGUCUUGGAGGAGGUGCUGCCUCCAGUAUCGCCUCUGGUGAGGGAUCCGCCGAGCUCGACUUUGCCAGUGUUCAGAGAGGCAACGCCGAAGUUCAACGGAGAGCCCAAGAGGUUAUCAAUGCCUGUGUGGCCAUGGGAGACAAGAACCCCAUCAAGUUCAUUCACGACGUUGGUGCCGGUGGCUUGUCCAACGCCCUUCCUGAGCUGAUCCAUGAUUCUGGCUUGGGUGCUACAUUUGAGCUUCGUGAGAUUGAUAACACCGACCGUGGCAUGAGCCCUAUGCAAAUUUGGUGCUGCGAAGCCCAGGAGCGGUACGUCAUGGCCGUUGGAGAGGAGAGCAUGAACAAAUUCACUGCUAUCGCUCACCGUGAGCGUUGUGGCUUCUCCGUUGUCGGUCGCGGUGGUGGUUCGUCUGAGGAGGAAAAGAGACUCAUUCUCCUUGACCGGGAGUCCAAGGACUACCCUGCCCCCAUCGACCUUCCUCUAUCUGUCCUUUUCGGAAAGACUCCCCGCAUGACCCGCACUGUCGAUUCGCGGAAGCUGACGCUGCCCGCCGUGGACUCCAGCCUCAGCAAGUACCUUCCCUCUCUCACCUCCAGGACAGAGAUUGUCGAUGAAGCCAUCAAGAGAGUCCUGUCCUUACCCGCAGUUGGCUCCAAGUCUUUCCUGAUCACUAUUGGUGACCGCACUGUCGGCGGCCUCACGGCCCGUGACCAGAUGGUUGGCAAAUGGCAGACACCCGUGUCGGAUGUUUCCGUCACUGCUACUUCCCUGGCCCAGGGCACCAAGACCGGUGAGGCUUUCGCUAUGGGUGAGAAGCCUACCUUGGCUCUUAUCUCUGCGGCUUCAUCUGCUCGCAUGGCUGUUGCCGAGUCGCUCAUGAACUUGGCUGCUGCUGAUCUUGUGGAUCGUCUCAGCCAAGUGAAGCUGUCUGCCAACUGGAUGUCGGCCGCUAGCCACCCUGGUGAGGGCGCUGCUAUCUAUGAAGCCGUCGAGGCUGUUGGUUUGGAUUUGUGCCCCAAGCUUGGAAUCAGUAUCCCCGUGGGCAAGGACUCUAUGUCCAUGAAGAUGAAGUGGAAGGACGAGUCCUCAAAUGAGGCCAAGGAGGUCACUGCCCCUAUGUCCUGUGUCAUCUCUGCCUUUGCACCAGUUGCCGAUUUCACCAAGACCUGGACUCCUGCUCUUCGUAGCUUUGAAGAAGUUGGAGAGACUGUCCUCAUGUUUGUGGACCUUGCGGCUGGUCGUAAGACUCUUGGCGGAUCUGCUCUUGCUCAGGUCUUCAACGAAGUCGGUUCCGAGUGCCCUGACGUUCGCGACGUCGAUCUCUUCCGGGACUACUUCGAUGCUACACAGCAACUCCAGGAAUCCGGGAUCGUCUUGGCUUACCACGACCGUUCCGACGGUGGUCUUCUGACUACUCUCGUUGAAAUGAUGUUUGCUGGCCGCUGCGGCGUUGAUAUCUCUAUUGAUACCAUCUGUGAUUCUUUCAACACCAAGGAUGUCAUCGAGACCCUCUUCAACGAGGAGCUUGGAGCUGUCUUCCAGGUCCGCAAGGAGCAUGAGAUCCAGUUCCGUUCAUGCUUCGCCACAUGCGGUCCUCCUCCUGGUAUGAUCCACAAGAUCGGACGUGUUUCUCAGCAACCCAAGCAGAACCUCGCCAUCUACCACAAGGCCUCUUUGAUUUACCGCAACACCCGUUCCAGCCUCCAGCAGACCUGGGCCAAGACAUCCUACCACAUGCAGAAGAUCCGUGACAACGCGGACUGCGCGGAGCAAGAGUAUGCCAAUAUCCUUGACGAUGCCAAUCCCGGUCUCUCAUGGAACCCUACCUUUGAUCCCAAGGACAAGGCCUUGCCUUUCAUGACGAGCCUUACCCAACUCUCUCCCUUCGCCAACAAGCCCCGCGUUGCCAUCCUUCGUGAACAGGGUGUGAACAGUCAAGCCGAGAUGGCCUUUGCCUUCAACACCGCCGGUUUCUCCGCCGUCGAUGUCCACAUGACCGACAUCAUCUCCGGCCGCGUGUCUCUGUCCACAUUCGCUGGUCUCGCCGCCUGCGGCGGUUUCUCAUACGGUGACGUCUUGGGCGCCGGCCAGGGCUGGGCCAAGUCCGUUCUGCUGCACGAGAACACUCGCAAGGAAUUCCAGGAGUUCUUCGAGCGCCCCGACACCUUCGCUCUGGGUGUCUGCAACGGCUGCCAGUUCCUGUCCCGUAUCAAGGAGCUGAUCCCUGGCGCUGGCUACUGGCCCAGCUUCGAGCGCAAUGCCAGCGAGCAGUACGAAGGCCGUGUCUGCAUGGCCCGCAUCUCCGACCCCGACCCAUCCAACCCCAGCGUCUUCUUCCACGGCAUGGACGGCACCUCGCUUCCUAUCGCUGUUGCUCACGGCGAAGGUCGUGCUUCCUUCGUUGCCUCCCAGGGCGUCUCGGCUUCCGACUUCGUUCGCGAGGGCCUUGCUCCUGUCCGAUUCGUUGACAAUGCCACUCUCAAGCCUACCAUGAAAUAUCCCUUCAAUCCCAACGGUAGUCCCGAGGGUAUUGCCGGUGUGCGCAGCCCUAACGGCCGUGUUCUUGCCAUUAUGCCUCACCCUGAGCGUACUGUCAUGAACGGUAUUGCCAGCUGGCUGCCUCCGAAUGCCGAGUCCUGGGGAGAUAUUGGUCCCUGGGGACGUGUGUUCUACAGCGCCAGACGCUGGGUCGGUUAG